GUUUUUAAAAGAGGUUUGCGCACCACAAACAAGGUGUGAGAAGUGUCUCUCCUGACUCGUAACAUUACAUUAUGAGCUUGGAUUCUGAUCUGAUAAUUUCUUUGCUUUGAUCGUCCACCUCAGCAUCUUGUGAUCCAGAAUCAACACCACUAUCAACUGACUUGUUAACGGCACCGGCAGGUUUGCAGAUUUUUUUCCAGGAAGCUGACAAUGGCCACAACUAUCCCUGCUAUCGUAUCCUUCAGUGGGACAAGUGGGAGUCCAUCAACAGAAGACUUACCAAGCUCUUCUACGGCAUCCUUAUACGACAACAUUAGUGCAAGCUCCACAGAAUACUACUAUGACUAUGACUACCCUGAGGAGGGCUUUGGGAGCUGUACGUAUGUGCGUCAUGGGGCCAACUUUCUCCCAGCCCUCUACUCCAUUUUCUUCCUCCUGGGUUUGCUGGGUAACGUUCUGGUCAUCUGGGUCAUAGCUUGUGGCGUGCGACUCCGCAGCAUGACCGACGUGUGCCUCUUAAACUUGGCUGCUGCCGACCUGCUCUUGGUGUGUACCCUUCCCUUCCUCGCCCACCAAGCCCGGGACCAGUGGCUGUUUGGGGAUGCUAUGUGCAAAGUGGUCCUGGGGACAUAUCAUAUCGUCUUUUACUGUGGGAUCUUUUUCAUCUGUCUAAUGAGCCUCGACCGCUACUUCGCUAUAGUACACGCCGUUUAUGCUAUGAGAGCACGGACGAGGUCCUUUGGGAUGAUCGCAGCUGCUGUUACUUGGGUGGCUGGAUUUUUGGCUUCUUUCCCCGACCUUAUCUUUCUCAAACAGCAGCCUGGUGCUAAUAUGUCUCAGUUCUGCUUCCCUGUGUAUCCCACUUCGAAUGACCAAUCCAACAUUCACAUGUGGAGGAUCUUCAGCCUUUUUAAAAUGAACAUUUUGGGUCUGUUAGUCCCGUUUUUCAUCAUGGUUUUCUGCUACUCCCAGAUUGUCUGGAGGCUGCUGUACAGCCAGUCAUCCAAGAAACAGGCCAUCCGUUUAGUUCUAAUAGUGGUAGCCGUUUUCUUCUUCUGCUGGGUCCCCUACAACGUCGCGUCCUUCUUCAAAGCACUGGAGCUGCUGCAAAUCUAUACGCAAUGCGAAAGCAGCAAAGCCAUCAGAUUGGCUUUAGAAGUCACUGAGGCCAUAGCCUACUCACACAGCUGCCUCAACCCCAUCCUGUACGUGUUCGUUGGGGAAAGGUUCAGGAGGCACCUGCUGAGGUUGAUAAACAGGGCUCCCUGCAGGUUCUGUCAGGUGGUCAAGGACCUAUUACCUCAGGACAGACGCCUAUCAGUCUACUCACACACAACCAGCCUGGACGAGAGGAGCACUGCUGUCUAAUGUGCGUUCUUGUUAUUUCUAUCAGUGUGGUCCUCUCCACACGAUAGGAUAAGUAUUGAUGAAGAACGUGUGACUAUGUACCUUUUGCAAGGCACAACCCUGAUCUUAUGGUCCCAUGAUGUUGCAGUAGUUAUGUGCAAGCAAACAAAGUGUACCAUGUGAUAUUUUAACGUACAUUUAUAUAUCUUUAUACUUAGUUAAUCCUAUAAACAAAAAGAAGAAGGAUAUAUGGAAUUGUAAAUAUAGUUUUGGAUAUGCAUGGUAAUCACGCUGCUGGCUGAAGCCGAGUGAGAAACUGUGUCAACUAGAUCAGCUGUCAACAACGUCAGCAUCAGAAGCCCGAGUAACCUCAUUUAUUCAUCAGCUGCCAAAACAAACAGACAACAAGCCAGAGAUGAACUCAGAUACCGACCAUUUCCUUUCAUUGAAUCUGGGGUGCCACCAUUAAGAGAAGUGAAAUAGAUACGUAUUAUAUUACCUCUCUCACCACUGCAUCGGUUUUGUGUACCAAACUGUGACAGAACAAAAUGUCCCCAGUGUAGCUGGAAACAUUAAUGUUGCAAGUUGCAUAGCAUAUGUUAACAGCAGAUUUGCACCUCACCACAACCCAUAGAAAACCACAACCUGAAACGAGGAGGAAGUGUACAACCAGGUUGUUAGUUUAACCUUUGCAGUUUCUGUGCACAAAUUUUACAUUUUGCUGUCAAAUUGUGGAAAUGUAUCUGCAAUAUUUCUACUGAUGUGAAUCAGAAUUUCAUAAAACUAGGUCAUUUUUAAAAACAAUAUACUCUAUAUGCUGUCAUGCAGACUGACUUAGCAUCCCAUUCAAUCGAUUCACAGUUAAAUAAAGUUGUGCAUUAGACUCUUUCCCCAUAGAAGGCAUUUUUUUAAUAUAUAGCCAUGGGAUUAGAAACUUGCAGACCAUGUAGAAAGUCAAAGUUCCUUUUCUUCUUUUAAGCUUAUUACUCUAAAAAGGUUGCUUUAAUUACUGUUCUGUACACAUUUGAGCUGAUAGCAACACAUUUUUGUUGAAGUACAGUUCACAUAAAUAUCAGCAACAUUUCUUUGUAUGUAGUUUUUUUUUUUAGGUAUUGCACCCUCAUAAAGUUGGGCAACGAGAGAGAGGGGGUUAAAAACUGUGGAAAAAAAAUUGCAGUCCAUAAACACCAAAUCCUUUUCUGUUUAUUACCUAAAACCCUAAUGACAUCACUGUGAUAUUGUCAGGGGUGAUACCACAAGACAGCCAAGCACCUUAAGAAGUGUAGCCGAGUGGUUGUGGUGCAUACAACUGCAACUUCCUCUGUCUAAUUCAAGCUGGGGACAUUUGUUGCAUGUCUCCCCCCCUCUCCCCCCCUCUCUCUCCCUCAAAAGGAAGGAGUGACAGCAGUUUUUUCCAGUAGAUUUUCAAUAAUGGUCGCAUCAGUAUGUUUAUGUUUGUAUUCUAUUGUAUGAUGCAGCAUUAUAUCCUUAAGAUAAGCUUCAAAUUGUGAGCAUCUGUUGUUGUUGUUGUUGUUGUUGUUGUUUUUUUAAUCAAAGCAACCAUGCUGGUGUUUGCAGACUGAGUGAACCAACGAUGACAGAUGUGUUUGUUAUGUUGAUGUUAUGCUCAAUA